AUCAGCUGACAUCUGACAUAGUAAACGAAUUGAUUGUUUUGGAAGACAGAGUCAGUGUGUUUCAGGCAACCACGCUAUGUCUUUGGCGAGUCGCAAGACCCAGCUUCAGAAAACGACACCGGUGCAGUUGAGGUUAACACGACAAGGUACAGCAAAUGGAUCGAGAUGAAGCCUCGAGACCUCUUUUGGGAUCUGAGAACGGGGAGUUGGAACACAGCUCUUACCUAGACAAGGUGAAAAAUGGCAAGCUCUACUUGGCCACCUUUGCAGCCAUCCUGGGUCCCCUUAGCUUUGGCUUUGUGCUGGGCUACAGCUCCCCUGCCAUCCCGGAUCUCCGUAGGAUCACUGACCCACACAUGCGGCUCGACCCAGAGGAAGCCUCCUGGUUUGGGUCGGUGGUGACCAUAGGGGCGGCUCUUGGAGGCCUCCUGGGUGGCUGGGUGGUGGACAAGCUUGGGCGGAAACUGACCCUCAUGUUCUGCGCCAUGCCGUACAUCUUCGGCUUCACCAUCAUCAUCGCUGCUCAGAACCACUGGAUGCUCUACCUGGGGAGGAUAUUGACGGGAUUGGCGAGUGGUGUCACCUCUCUGGUUGUACCCCUCUACAUCUCUGAGAUGGCCCAUGAGCGUGUCCGCGGGACAAUGGGCUCCUGUGUCCAGCUCAUGGUGGUAACAGGAAUCAUGGGCGCUUACAUAGCAGGCUUGUUCCUGGGCUGGCGAUGGCUGGCGGUCACCUCCUCGGUUCCCCCGGCUCUGAUGCUGGUGCUGAUGUGCUUCAUGCCGGAGACGCCUCACUUCCUGUUGUCCCAGGGCAGGAGGGCGGAGGCCCAGGAGGCCCUGCGGUUCCUGCGGGGGCCAGACGCCUCACCUGAGGAAGAGUGUGCCAGGAUAGACGCCGCUAUGGAGGAUCAGGGAGACAGUUUGGGAUGGUCAGAUCUGAAGGACCCGGUCAUUUACAAGCCCCUGGCUAUCGGGAUCGUCAUGAUGCUCUUCCAGCAGCUCACCGGCAUCAAUGCCAUCAUGUUCUAUGCUGAGUCCAUUUUUGAAAAGGCCCAUUUCAAGAACAGUGAUGUUGCCACGGUGAUAGUAGCCGCUAUCCAGGUGGUCUUCACAGCCGUGGCGGCUCUGCUGAUGGACAGGGCAGGCAGGAAAAUCCUCCUCGUCGUCUCAGGUGUUGCCAUGACCAUCAGCACCGCGGUGUUCGGCGUCUACUUCUGGCUCUCAAGCCCAAAUCACAGAAGUUCCCUGGUGCCUGGGGUCUCCAUGGAAACGCCAGGUCCUGUCAGCCUGGCCCCUCAACCUGACCUGGCGUGGCUGGCGUUGGUCAGCAUGGGCCUCUUCAUCACAGGCUUCGCUCUUGGCUGGGGCCCCACGCCCUGGCUGGUGAUGUCGGAGAUCUUCCCCACGCGAGCGAGAGGGUUGGGAAGCUCGCUGUGCGUGCUGACCAACUGGGCGUCUGCGUUCGUCGUCACCAAGACCUUUCACAAUCUCAUGGAUGUGCUGACCUCUGCUGGGACGUUCUGGCUGUUCUCAGGCCUGUGUGCUCUGAACGUCUUUUUCACCAUCUUCUUUGUGCCCGAGACCAAAGGCAAAUCACUAGAGCAGAUCCAAGCUCACUUCAAAGGAGCAGGACACCGCUAGAACUGCACAAACUGUGUGUGUGUGUGUGUGUGUGUGUGUGUGUGUGUGUGUGUGUGUGUGUGUGUGUGUGUGUGUGUGUGUGUGUGUGUGUGUGUGUGUGUGUGUGUGUGUGUGUGUGUGUGUGUGUGUGUGUGACCGAGAGAGUACAAGUGCAUGCAUGUGAAGCAAAGUAUUGUGUGUGGGAGAGGGAAUGUUGUUUUGCUGAUCUUUUGUA